AUGAACCUUCGCAGUUUCAGCAGUGCAGUUCUGCUAGCAGUCGCUGCUGCGCCUGCUUUCGCAGAUGAGAUUCGCGUGAAGAUGAAACCUGAUAACAACAGAGCCGAACAAAUUCGCAUCUUUACUCAGUUGGAUCCAACCUGUACUGCUAUUGGAGAGCGUACUGUCAUCGGGAUCGAUGAUGACGGGAAGUGCGAAGAGAAACAGAGUUUGUUCAAGGGAGAUAGUAUCAACUCAAAGUUUAAUUGCUGCAAAGAAAACAACUUGAAAAACGACUACUAUGUCUGGGAGGACAAGAUGGAUUAUUUCCAUGGCCCUGGCAGCAAUCACUGGAGCCAGUGGAAGUACAAGGUUGACCAGCUUUUUGAAGACGGCGUUUGCUCUGAGAAAUGGAAUGGUGGGUAUGGAGAUUCGUGGCUUCCCGAAGGGGAAACAUACAACGUUUACGUAGCCCAAUACUACAAAAAAGGGGAUUCACGAGGUUGGCGAGAGCUGGGUUGGAGAGAUACAUCCGAUGAGAGUUCUGAUGAGAGUUCUGAUGAGAGUUUUGAUAUUGAACAGCUAAUGGUCGACUUCCCGUGCCAAAAGAUCAAGGCUAUCAUCUUUGACCCAAAUAAAUUGUAUCGAACGGAUUCGAAAUACUCUGAUGGAGGAGAAGACCAGUACAAAGAUCUUCGAGGCAAUGAUUGGUGGGCCCGUGGACUGAAUCCAGGAAACGCUGGUGAAGGAUUCGCAGUGAACUGUCCAAUUGGAACUGACACUUGCGAUGCAUUAUCUUCCACUGUGUCUGCUGCCUCUGCUGCUUCUACUACUUGUGCCUCUGAAAACGAUUCUCCUACUGUCGAAGACGUCACUGUCGGUCCCAACUCUUGCACUUCUCGCGGAUGGGGAGAUCCGCAUAUGGUCACUUGGGACGGUCUCCGUUACGAUGUCCACGUGCAUGGUGAACUCAUCUUUGCCAAGUCUUUGGACCCCAACUCUUCCUUCCAAAUCCAAGCCCGUACCGAGCCUGUGAAGAAUCAUCCCGCCAAGCCUGCUGUCACUACUGGCCUCGUCAUUACCGAUGACAACAUGCCCAAGAUCCAAGUUUCCAUGCCACGUGAUGAAGAUGAUCCAUGUACCGAGGUCAUCAAUGGAUGUCCAGUCGAGCUCUAUGUUGAUGAUGUCCUUCGCAAGCCUUCUCACGGAUCCGGAAGCGACAAGGCCAAGGUCGAUGUCCGAGGAAGCAGGAUCACUGUUGAAUAUCCUGGUGCUUCUCAGUUCAAGGUGGUGAUGGACGUCACUAGCUGGAGCAACGAAUGUCAUUUCUCAGUUACCUACACUCUGGGUACUUGCCGUGAUGACAUUGUUGGUCUAUUGGGCUCUCCCGAUGGAGAAUGGCGCAAUGAUUGGAUGGACACUAGUGGCAAUCCUCUUUCCAUUCCUUCUGAUCUUCGUCGCGGAAGCGGUUUUGCCCCUACUAUGGAAUAUGCCCGUGACAACUGGUGUGUUCCCAACGAGCCUGCUUCCAACUUUGCUUAUGAGCAUGAUACCAGUUUCGAUACUUAUGACAUCUGUGACAAUCCCAAUGUCGGAGAGUUGGCGGGUGCGGUGGAUCAUGCUGAUGAAUCCAUCAAGAAGGCUUGCCAUGGAGACAUCUUUUGUAUUCUCGAUACCGUUGCCUUCGCCGAUGAUGAGACGGAUACCACGGUGGUUCAAGAAAUCAUUGACAACUUCAACAACGACGAAGGAUUGCAGCACGAGUUGAAGCAAACUCAAACUGCUGACAUUGAGAUUGUGGAGCAAGUUCCCGAGGACCUUGGCAACGCCGACUGUCCUACGUGCAAGGCUGUUGGAUGGGGUGAUCCACACAUUGUCACUUUCGAUGGUCUAUCCUACGAUGUCCAUGUCAAGGGUGAACUAACCUUCCUCAAGUCUUUGGAUCCUGAGAAUGACUUCACUAUUCAGGCUCGAACCGUUGCUGUCAAGAACCACAGCAAAGGACCAGCUGUUACUACUGCCGUUGUUGUCCACGAAGACUCUCGCCUUGGACUUCCCGAUAUCCAGGUUUCUCUUGGACAGGACGCGGACAGUGAAUUGGCCACCGAGUUUAGCACUGGCAGAAACAACAAGUGCUAUGUUCAGUUGUUCGUGGACAAGGAGGUCAAGAGCAUUUUGGGCGGAUCUGGUACUACUGGAGCCAGCGUGCAAGUGAACGGCAACCGUAUUGUUGUUGAGUACCCAUCUACAAAUCUGAAAUUGGAUAUCAAGGUAACAUCCUGGCGUAAUGAGUGUCACUUCAGUGUCGACUACUGGUUGGUGGACUGUCGAUGUGACGAAACUUUGGUUGGUAUUCUUGGACAACCUGACUCUCCCAAGGACUGGACGAAUGAUUGGCAUGAUCAUGACGGAAACGCUGUGACCAUUCCUUCUCGCCGCAGUGACCGUCGCGGAAAGAAGGCGUACGAUUACUCUCGAACUUGGUGCAUCACUGCUGGAGAAUCGCACUUCGCGUACGAACCAAACAUGAGCCAUGGCGACUUUGAUGAAUGUACCGGAGCUACAGGAGACGACAACUUUGAAAUCGACAUUGGUGCCAUCAUCGAAGAGUUUGAAAACACCACACCUGAAGUGAUUGCUCAGUGUACUAUGGAUGGCGAUGAUGAGCCAGAUGAAGGUUGUCUCGUGGACUGUUUCUUUGGUGGGGAAGAUGCAUGCAACGAGUUCACUGAUACUGUUGCUACUGUCAUCGCCGAGACCCAGACAGAAACCAUUGAGUUCCCUCCGGAACCCGAGAUCAUAUUGGAAGUCCCCGAUACACCACCCGCUGGAGGAGACUGUCCCGUGUGCAAGGCCGUUGGCUGGGGUGAUCCACACAUCAUCACCUUUGAUGGUGUUACAUACGACGUCCACGUCAAGGGUGAACUUACUUUCCUCAAGUCUUUGGGAGCAAGAGAUUUCACCAUCCAAGCCAGAACUGCAAUCGUAUCGAACCAUCCAAAGGGACCAGCUGUCACCACCGGUGUUGUAGUCUACGAGACUGGACAACCUACCAUCCAAGUUUCUCUCGGCAGCAGCUCCAACAGUGAGCUUGUGACCAUGUUCGGUCAGUGUCCAGUUCAACUCUUUGUGAAUGGGGUUGCUACCGACAUUGACGCUGGCACUGGAUUGAGUGAUGCCACCGUUCAAACCAAGGGCAAGCGAAUCGUUGUCGAAUAUCUUAAUACUCAAAUUCGAUUGGACAUGGAUGUGAAGGUGUGGCGCAACACUUGCCACUUCAGUGUAACAUACUACUUGGCCGACUGUCCUUGUGAUGGAAGCUUGGUUGGUAUUCUUGGUCAGCCCGAUGGCGAAUGGUCUAAUGAUUGGCAUGAGCAUGAUGGAACAGCUGUCAGCAUUCCAACCAGCAAUCGCGAUCGUCGCGGAAAGAAAGCUUACGAUUACUCGUUGACUUGGUGUUUGACAGCUCCCGAAUCCUACUUUUCGUAUGAACCAACCAUGGGCCACGCGGACCACGACUUCUGUACUGGAACCAAGGGCGAUGACAACUUCGAUGUCGAUAUUGAUGAGAUCAUUGAAGAAGCCUCGCCAGAAAUCAUCACCAAGUGUACCGUCGACAACGAAUUGGACGAAGGUUGUGUGGUCGAGUGCGUUUACCUUGGCGACGGAGCAUGUGAUGAGUACCUAGAAAUUGUUCAGAAUACUGCAACAGCAACCAUCACGGAAGAACCAACUUCCGGACCAACACCAGUCCCAACUUCUGGACCAACUCCAGUCCCAACUUCCGGACCAACUCCUGUCCCAACUUCUGGACCAACUCCCGUCCCAACUUCUGGACCAACUCCAGUCCCAACUUCUGGACCAACUCCCGUCCCAACUUCCGGGCCUACUCCGUUGGUCCCUGCCCUACCCGAUGACAUCCCUGAUGUUCCAGAAGACACUUACGCCAUCUCUGAUACUGAAAUUAGUGAUCAAAGCGAUGCUGGAAGUCAAGGUGAUCCCCACUUCAAGACUUGGAGAAACGAGCAUUUUGAGUACCAUGGACAGUGCGAUUUGGUCUUGGCCAAGGAUCCCAACUUUGCUGAAGGUCUCGGUUUCGACGUGCAAAUCCGUACCAAGUUGGUUCGCUUCUGGUCUUACAUCAAGAGUGCCGCCAUUCGAAUUGGUAACGAUGUCUUCGAAGUGGAAGGAGAUGCUGAAGGCACCUUGGAACUUCGCUAUUGGAUGAACCUGGAGUUCCAAGGUCCAUUGGAGACCAUUGGCGGAUUCCCAAUCAUUUUCAACGGUCGCGACAACAACGCCAACAAGAAGAUCGUUCAGAUUGACUUGAGCUCCAAGUACCCCGGUGCCAUGAUCGAGAUUCAAGUCUGGAAGGAAUUCGUCAAGGUUGACUUCAAGAACCCAUCUUUGGAUGCCUUUGGAAACGCCGUUGGUAUGCUUGGAGAUUUCAAGACUGGAAAGACGUUGGCUCGUGAUGGAGUAACCGAGAUAGACGACUUCCACAAGUUCGGAAACGAAUGGCAAGUGCUACCAACCGAUCUCAUGUUGUUCCACGAUGCCGAGGCACCACAGUUCCCCAAGAAGUGCAUCGAGCCUGAAGAUCCUCGAGGUGAACGUCGCCGCCGUCUGGAAGAGUCCUCCGUCAGUGUUGAAGAUGCCGAAAAAGCAUGCGCAAGUCUGACCGAUGAUCUUGACCGCAAGGACUGUGUCUACGAUAUCGUUGCCACUCAAGACAUGGCAAUGGCUGGAGCGUACUAA